AUGCCGCCAUUACCCUCAGAAGAUCCAUACUUGGUCAGUGUGAACUUUUCCUUCCUGCUACAUUAUGUCCAGGGCCUUGACGUCGCUAGUCAAGUCCUCACUGUCUUUGGUACGCUGAUUUUCAGAUGGUAUGACCCACUUCUUGUUUGGAACAGUUCAUCACAUGAGAAUCCUACUUAUCUCCAAUUACAGUCAAGUGAAAUAUGGACGCCUCCAUUACUGUUUUCCAACAAUGCUGGCUCUCCACUAGAAACAAGGAAUGCCUACAUAUUUGCCCUUGGAGAUGGUUAUGUUACCAUGUCAAUCACUGACCUGUUCCACACUCAAUGUUUCAUCGAUGUCACACGUUAUCCAUUCGACCAGCAGCAGUGUAACAUCAUCCUUACUGCAUUAGUUCCAUACAGUUUCCAGGCCUUCAAUGUUGACUCCAACCCUUUUACUACCAUCUUGGGGAAGAGCGUGGAGUGGAAGGUAGAUAACGUUUCUUUGGAUGUAGAAAAAUUGCUACAUUUUCACGGCGUAAAAGAAGUUGCGAGAAUUGUUUUUGGACUGUCACGUGAGUACACUUUUUAUCUUCUGACUGUCAUCACACCCGUGUCUCUGUUGUCCCUGAUGAACGCCUGUGCCUUCCUUCUGCCUGCCGAGUCCGGAGAGAAGAUCUCCUACCUCAUCUCAAUCCUCGUCACGUACGCUGUGUUCCUAAAUUUCAUAAUUGAAGUGUUGCCAAAGUCGGGAAUUCCGUCUCGCCUUGCCAUUUAUCUGAUUCUGGUGUUCUGCCAAAGCUGUGCCGCCAUCCUGACUACCCUUGGCCUCCUCAACAUGUAUCAUGAAGCAGACGAGAAGAAUCUGUCCAUCACUGCGGCAACACCUGUUGGGACAACGUCUACAAGGGAUGGUGGAUCACGUCUCGAAAUUCAGGGUUCCAACGGCUCAAAGGUUUCUUUGACUGAACCAGAUGACAACAAGACCAAAUUCCCAAAGACAAGAGGGAAGAAAUGGAUCAAAUCACUUGAGAGAAAACUGUUCUUGGUUUUCCUGGCAUUUGCACUGUUGUCUCUGAUUACUCUAAUCGCGUAA